CGCUUUAUAUGACUGUAUAUGACGGCUGACGCACUGCAAGUUCUUACCACAAAACAUCACAUCAAGUGACAUCAAGAACGAUUGUGAACGCUGUUGCUAUUAAAUAUAUCUUGAUCUUUACGGAUUUCCAAUAUAUAUUAAGGAUGAGCGACGAUGAUCGUGACAUCGAUAUCGAGAGUGACGAUGGCGACGAUUCGGAUUCAAGACUAAGGCACUCCAACAACACGCAAUACUACUCUCAGGCAGAAAAAAGGGCACAUCAUAAUGCUUUGGAGCGCAAGCGACGGGACCACAUCAAAGACAGUUUUUCCAGUCUGAGAGAUUGCGUACCGUCCCUGCAGGGGGAAAAAGUUGCAAGCAGAGCGCAAAUCCUUAAAAAAGCAGCGGAGUACAUUCAAUAUAUGCGGCGUAAAAAUACAUCUCAUCAGCAAGAUAUCGAUGACCUCAAGAGACAGAAUACUCUCUUAGAGUCUCAAAUCCGUUCGUUAGAAAAAGCCUCACUUACUGGCUACGCCGAGACCUGCGAGGUGACCAAGUCUGAAUCAGUGGGUAUAAGUGGUUACAACGACACAGAGUCUGAAUCCUCUGACAGCGAGACUGGUCAAGCAAUUCGACAGCCAAAAAAGUUAAAAGUGGCCAGUCUGCAUCAUUGACGAUACUCUGUACUUUUUUUCUCUUGAUAUUUUAUUUUCAUAUGAUGAUCCGUCUUUCGAGAUAUUUGUAAGUUAUAUAUAAAUUGCGUGUGUAUUGUGCGAGCAUGCGUAGGUAGGUACUUAUUUAAGUAAAUCAUUAGUGAUGAUGUUCUAUAGUAUAUUUGUAACAUAGCGAUACUCUAAAGUGAGAAACGUUUAAGAACAUAUGGCGAGUACUGGUAUCUUGUAAUACUUGCGUUUACAACUUAAUGUAUAUAAAUACAUGUUAAGCAACAAUAUUGUAUUAAUAUAAAUUAUAUUCGUUGGUGAUCUUGGAAUAUCACAAAUAUAGUCUCUACCUUCAAUUUUGCAAGCAGUUUGUCUAUGAAUAAUUAUAAUUGUCACCAAUUGUGUAGUAAUAUUUGGACUUUUGUAUCAUAAUUUCGACAUCGUAUGUUUCACAAUUUUUUAUUUAUGUUUGAUACUCUCUCUCGGAAAUCGCUUUCAGAAUCGAUUGUUUCAAUCGACUAUCAAGUUGUAAAUAUAUUAAUUCAGUCCAAUAUCGCGUAAUAUUUUAUUAUAUUAAUGGCGAAUAACUGAUAGAGUACCAACAUAUUGAUGCGCCAUGUCUAUAUCUUGAUGUUGUUUAAAACUAUACAAUAUUUGCUUAAUAAAGAUUUAUUUGUAAUUCAUGUCAUAUUAAAAUAAUUAACAUUAAUUUGUCUAG